GAAGAAUAUUGAAUAAUUUAGAUUUCUCUGUACAUCCUUGUGAUGAUUUCUAUAACUUUUCUUGCGGAUCUUAUUUAAAAUAUAAAAAUGUUUAUGAAGAGAAUAUGAAUCCAUAUGAUGAAUUAAGUGGAUGGAUCAAACUUUUAAAAAAAGAAGUAUUAGAAAAGCCGGAAGAGCAAGACGAACCUCGAUUUGUCAGUAAAGUGAGGAAAUAUUAUCAUUCGUGUCUGAAAAAAUCUCCUUCUGUCAAAGAUCUUCUGAAAAUCUUUCUAAAUGUUACCGAAUUUAAUGAAUGGCCUCUCUCCAAAACCGAUUCUGUAGUAUUGGAAGAAACAAUAGCAAAGUCAAUUAUCUAUUUAAAUACAGGAUUUAUUUUUGAUGUGUAUACUUCAUAUAAAGAUGAUUUUUUCGAGUAUAUUGGACUUAUUCCCGCUGGAAUCACAAUAAACGAACAUGGAUUAUUAAACACAACUGAAGAAGAUUCUAUUCGAUUAAAAACGCAUUAUUUAGAUUUAUUUCGAUACGUUUUUUCAAAAUUAGAUUUAAAAGAUUCAGAAUCUUUUACAGAGGAAAUAAUUGAGAUGGAAACAUCUUUAGCUCAAAUUACGGAAAAAGAAAACAGUUCAAAUUCUACAAAAAAGACAGUUUUAGAAUUAGAGUCGGAAUGUCCUGAGAUAAAAUGGACAUCCGUCUUUAAACUUAUCUACGAUUACUUGGAUUAUUCGAGCAAUUAUAGCACGAAUCUUACGAUUAACGUAAACGAUAUGGAUUAUAUGAUCAGUAUAUGUGAAUUUGUAAAAGAAAAUGACCACAGGAUAAUGUAUAAUCUGAUUGUUUGGAACACUUUUGCCAAAUACUUAUAUAGAACCGAUUUUGUUUUUUCUCAACUCGUAAACAUUAUGGGAUUUGAUACUCAACUUCGUGUAACAGAAUCAAUGACUAAUAAAUUGAAAUGGAAAGUUUGUAUAUCAAAUUUCCAAUUUAUAUUUGAAUUUGGAGUACGUUUUAUGCUGUUAAAUACUCAAACCGAUCACUACGAUGAUAAAGUCAGAAAGGUAAGCUCUUCCAUUCUCUAAAAAAUUCUUCUGCAAUAAAAUUGUUACAAAGGGAUUGAUUUAUUUAAUUCUAUAUUCGUU